UACCGUUUACCGUGUAUGUAGACACUGAGGCUAGGUGCCCAGUGCCCAGUUACCGUGUAUGUAGACAGACACUCCGUUUUCCCCUUUGAAGCUUAAUAUCUGCAAGGCCCAAUGCUAGCCUAUUGCGAAAUUCGCUAGAUAUAUCUAGCUGACUGACUGGUCCACCGACUCAUCUCCCACCCCGUCUCAUAGAAAAGAAGUUCGAGUCCAGUAGGCCUACGGACGGAAGGCCCAUUUAAGCCAUAUCUCCAGAUGAAGGUACAAUGUCGUGGUUGUGGCAGCUGCUGGUUAUUGUUUUGCUGUGUGCCUUCACAUAUUCUGAUGACAGAAUAUUAAAGCCCCCUCGCCUUGAAAAGCCGACUCAGCCAAGCAUGAAAUAUUUCUUAGACAAUGACAAAAUAACACUGGAAUGUGAAGCAGACGGGAUACCUGAAGCAAGCUACCUAUGGAAGCACAACGGUGUGCCUGUAGAGGAAAGCAGUGCUGUAAAAUUAUCACAAGGCACACUGACGAUUGAGCCAGCCAUGAAAAGCCAUGAAGGAGAGUACAGGUGCUAUGCCUCAAGCGUGAUUGAAAGAGAGAAUUUCAUGCCCACCAGCGUGUCCCCGCCCAUUUCGCUUGUUUUUUCCUAUGUGAAUGCUGGCAAUAUGACUUCAGAGAACGUGACUGGUGAAGUGAAUAGUUAUCUAGUGCUUAGGUGUGGGCUCACAGAUCACUCGGGACCAGUCAGGUUUAACUGGUAUGACACGUCACGGUUCCAGGAAAUCUCUUUGGACUCGGGGCGUCUGUACAUUGACUUGAAUGGUGACUUGCACUUCUCAUACCUCAAGCGAUCCGACGCCCGGAGCUACAAGUGUGGGGUCUCCAUUGGGGAAAUCAUCAAGCUGGAUGGAGCAGGUCAUACUGUGCAAGUGGUUGGCGUGGCUGAUAGGAAGCAGCCUGCCAAGUUAGAGUAUUCCUCAGAUCCUAAUCCUGUCGUAAGGCCUUAUGAAAGUGUUCACCUGGAAUGCGUCUUUUCCGGACGGUUUAUCCAAACGAUUGACUGGGUGGACGUCUAUCAUCUGGAUUCAACCAUUAUUUCGGAUGACCGUUACUUUGUCUCCUCUGAUAACCAUCGAUUGUAUAUACGAUGGCCGGGCAUACAAAGGUCGAAGAAGUAUAGAUGUGAAAGUCUUACCCCCUACGGCUAUGAUUCUCAGACUUUCACCUUAAAUGAAAAAGUUGGGCUGUUGUCCAUCGAGGAACCAAAAGCUCAGACUGUUGUCGAGGGCAGCGACGCAACGUUUAAAUGUGACGCUCUUUACUUGCCGGAUGAGAUGGAUCGACCGCUCGUGAAGUGGUUCUUAGAUGGUCGAUCUGUAGAAUGGGAUGUGAUAAAUAAAAACCAUUUCGACCUGUCCUACGAACGUACCAGCUUCUCGGUCCUCCAUGCAUUGAAGCCGAGAGACAUUUUGUGUGUGCAGUGUGAGGUCUCUAAGGGCAACGAUACAUUGUUCAACAACGCCUGCCUCAAUGUUAUCAAUCCAAUUGUAGUGUUAAAAUCUCCGGCACGGAAUCAGAGGAUCGUUUACGGUGACAUCGUUGACCUCUCAGUGACCGGGAAGACAGACCCAAGUCAGACCCUGAGGUACUCCUUGGUGGUAGCCAGUCAUACGUACAGGACUACACCUCCGUUCAUAACGGAAAUACAGGGUACAGGCGAGGCGUAUAUCAACACAUCUGCUCUAACUCGCAGGGAAUACUUUGCCAUUGGAGGAGAGUACAAACAUGUUCUAUCCAACGAUUAUGAGGAGAAGAAGGUUGACGUUCAUGUUAUUCUUGAGGACGUUACAUAUUCCAGUUGCCCAACUUUUGACACAGUGGGUGUAACGACAACAGAACAAAUCAUUAUCCUGAGAAGCAGCAUGAACAUAAACAAAUGUAAGUGGCUGCUGCAUGUGGCCGUGGGUCAUCGAGUGCGUGUGAGCUUCAACGUAAUCUCGCUGAACACAGGGAUGUCCUGCACUGAAGAGUCGCUGGAAUUCUAUGAUGGAGAUCAGGUUUCAAGCCCAAGGUUAGUGUCUGUAUGCUUCUCAACAAUGGAGCGAAGUUUCAUCAGUUCGGGCCAAGACGUGCUGGUUGUACUGAUAGGUUCUGGUUCGGGUCAACGUUUAGUCAAGUUCUCCUAUGUGGCCAUUUCCUUGGACACUGGCGAUUUUUCUAGUUCUGAGUGCCCAGCCUUUGUGGCAGUGGGCGUGACAAAGACCAAACAGUAUAUCAAACUGCCCAGCCCAAUGAGCAUAGAUGAGUGCUCGUGGCUCCUGUACGCCCCUCCGAAUCACCAUGUGGUGGUCACGAUAGAGAGAGUCGCUAUGAGUACCAAUAACUGUGGUGACGAGUACCUGCAGGUUUAUGAUGGUAGCCACUUAUUUUCACCAUCUAUUGGGCUUUUGUGCGGCCCGGUGCAGCGACAAAAUUUCACCAGCAGUGGCGGUGAUAUGCUGCUUGUACUCAAAGGUUCCAGUUACUCCGAUCAACGCACGUUUGAGGUCUCCUUCAUGGCUGGCCGGCUUAUCAAUCCCACACCCGAAAGUCCAGGGAGCAAACUAUCUUCCAACGGAAAUUCAAAUGUUUCUGUAGUAGUCUCAGUGGUGGUGUGUUUGCUGAUAGCCGCUGUGGUUGUCGCAGUAAUUGGCUUCUGUGUGGUGAAGCGGAAACGGCAGAGAUGUGCUGGUGGCGAGGUGGCGGGCAGAACACGUAAUGACCCUGCGGUUGGCAUCCAGUUUUCUGGCCUUUCCAACUCAAAUGGCCAGAAUCCAUCAGAAACGACUGUCGCGGACACAGAGCAAAUGAUGCCCAUUGUACCGAGCGCUCCGCCAGCCGUACCUGUUCCGACCACUGAGAUUGACGCGCCACCGCCGUCGUACAACCAAGUCCUGGAACGAGACAGGGACAGUAACUCUGAUGUUCCUCCACCUUCUUAUUCCCCUUACAUGCCCGGAGGCCCUUUGUCAGAUUCAUUACCAUCAGGGCCAAGUUUUGCUCCACCUGGGUCCAGGUAUGUUUAGCGGUCGACGAAGAUGUUGUCAAGAAACACGGAGAUCCUCAUGUCGAUGGUCGAUGACCGCAACAGUGUCAACAUCUGACCAUUGUCCUUCUCUUUGAAGGGAAUUUGUGCUUGGUAGCAUCUCACAAAGUGAUUGUGGUGAACAUUUUAGAGCCCCACACUGGGUGCUAGCCUCUUCAAACCCAGUUGCGUACAUUUUCGGCACAGGUUUUUGCUCCUUCAGGCCCAUUGCAUAUAGUAUAUUAUAUACUCACCGGCAAUAGAAACUUUCCACUUUAAGAGAAGCCUGUAUUGUGCUUAUUAUUCAACAUAUAAAACAAAAAAACAAAAACUGACACUAGACAUAUUUCAAAGUAUGUCAAGAAGUGUGUCACCUUUUGUUUCUUGAUCAUGUCUCAUAUGGUAGCACAAUCUUAAGCACAAACUGAUACAUGUAGGCCUACCCUUUACUUUCAAAAUUUCCUGUCAGUAACAAGUAUUGUCGCCCCAUGCACUGAUAAAGCUUGGCAUGUUCUGCACAUUAGCAUUGAUCGAGGGAGUUGUUUUUUAAGAUUAGUUGUUGUGGUAGUCCAUUCCACUCUUCCAGCCUUGUCCCAGUCAUUGUACAGUGUUUAUGUCUUUUUUGGGCCCAAAGGUUGACGUGUGUGGUGAGUAGGCUGGCCAUAGCUAAACAUUCACAUUUUGCUGCUUUUUAUAGAUACUGCAUCUUUACACGGGCAACAUGUGGGCGCACAUUGUCAUGCUGGAAUGUGUGCAUAUAUAUGGGUUUGAAAGAAGGGAGCAGAGUAAGUCCGGAGAACAUUCUGGUACUCUUUGGUGUUGACCAUAGUAUUUAAAAUGUGUGGCUAGGUUCUGUGGUUGGAAUAUAUUCAACCCCACACCAUCACACUGCCACCACCCCUUCUGUCUAUUUAAUGCACACAGCAGUCUGCUAGUCUCUCUUUCUCUCCUUUAUGUCUCCAAACUCUCCGAGAAGAGAACUCCAUCCCAGACGAAUGUGACGAUUUGCCCAGUCAUUUCAAGCGUAAUUCUUGGAAAAAUGACAAACGAUGGCCAUUAUAGGGCCGCCUUGUUCGAUGUUCGAAUGUGUUUGAAUGCCGUUGUAUCCUUCUUUCCCUAAUAACUCUUCCAGUGUCUGUAGAGCUGGUCGUUGUGAGAAAGCGACCUCAGAGAUGCUAGAGUAGUAUCUGUCUGUUUUCCUGGGCAGUAUAGACCUAUGGUCUGCCUGGUCUGUGUCUGUCAGGUGUUACUCCAGUGACUUGGGACCAAUCUUUCAGGAUGUUGAUGGGAGCAAUGAAGCCUCCAUGCCACGCUACGGGCCGAUAGUACAACUAGGGGUAUUCAAAAUGCCCAACAGUGCUCGUCGGGGUUUAACCUUGGCAUCUUGUGCAGCAAUAUAAGACAACAAAAACCUGCUGGACUGUGUAUGUAACUUGUUUUGUCGGUUUUAAAAUCCCUAAUGUGUUGAUCUAAACACACUUUAGACAAUUUCAUAAUUUUGGCGGAACUUAUAUCAUAAAACAUGUUAAUUUGCAUGUGGGUCGCGUGACCACGUGGUUAAAUUUUUGUUCAAGAAAAAGAUACAAAAUUUCGCUCUCUAACUCGCGCGAACAAGGGCGCAGUUACAAAAAACAAAGUGGAAAGUUUUUUAUUGCUGCUGGGUAUAUUUCCCUCUCAAGGCGCCAGCCAUCUGUGACUCCGUCACAUACUUCCAUCACAAUCUAGCCAAUUCUCACUACCUUAGAGUUACAAAGUUCUGUCUGCUCCGUAGCCUACUUAGUUUUAAGAAAUUUGACUUUUCACAUUUUAAGUUUCCUAACAUAUCCAAGCUUUUAAUAAUGCAAUUCUUUGAAUAUCUGGUUAACGACUCCGGAUAAUCUUACGAUUUGGAUAGAGCAAACAGAACAUUGGUUUCCCUCAUGGGCUUAGUAACUCAAAAUAACCCGAAAUGUCAGGUUGAACUUUGUAAUUCGGAGGUAGCGAAUAGUCUCUGAAAAAUAUUAUACUUAUUACCCUCUAGAAUUUCAAAGAAAAGCAGUAUAUCAUUUUUUUAUGUGUUUAAUGUCGGCAAAAAAUUGCAGGCACAAUCAGUGUUGGCUGGAUGUGAGGAGUCAGACUUCAGUAUUAUCUAGGCCAGGGGGAUCUUGCCCGAAGCGCCACUCACAGCGGCUGACUGUCUCUUGUGUUCUCAUCUAUUGCUCCCUUUUCUUUGCAUCUCUUUCCUCUCGUCUUUUUUUCCUGACCACUUACAUUUCAGCCCUUUUUCUGAUUUCAUUGUCAUUGAAUAUUAUUUUGUAUUCUGAACUCUGAACAUUUCUACAUACCACACAUAGGGUUUUAUCAGAUUUAGAUAUGUAUGUAUUAAUUCUUCUGUGAGACCACCCAUGAGGUCACGAAGCGGUCACAAAUUAUUUGCCUACAGAGUCAAAAUUAUCUGCGGGCUGAAUCAGUAAAGUCAUUUCUUUCCAGUCCCAGUUCUUCUAUCCAGAUGUGUGGUGACUGAAUCUGCCUCUGUGCUGCCUUCUUUCUUUGAUUUGUAAUAACACGCUCGAGUUUGACUUUAGUUUGGUGUUUGAAUCUGAAGUAAGUUGUUCCUUCUUCUUCUACUUGUGGUUUCUCCUGUUUGAAUCUGAAGUUAGUCGUGCCUUCUUCUUCUACUUGUGGUUUCUCCUGAACUAUGUUUCGAGCCAUCGGUAUAACAGCAGAGGAUGGAACCGAGACUCGUGACUACAGCUUGCUUUCGUGAUGGGUACUCUACCUGGAAUGAAAUGUCAUUAAAAGCUGUAAUGCACCAUGACUUCAUUUACAGGAAUGGCUUUUCUUUUAUUUGCAUGUCUCCUUUUUUUGACAUAAACAAAUAUACUCCAAUGCUCUUUUUUAAAACCUUUUAACACUGUAACCUUCCAGUGCCCAGAGUACUCUAUUCUGCUUGUAGACUAUUAUGUCAUACAGUCAACUAAAAUCUGCUCAUUGUCGUCAUGUAUAGCAAUGCAACAAAAUGAGUCGCUUUUCGCAGUCAGCUGUUUACAGAUAUUGAGCAAAAGUCUCUACUUUCUCACAAUUGUGUGGGGGUUUUUUACCAUAACAUUGGAACUGUUUUUAACCCGCUUGUAGGGCUUGAAAGAACAUUUAAUAAUUUAUUCUAUUCCCGUGGAAUUUUAUUCUCAAAAGGGGCAUUUGACUCAUUUUUUCGUGUUGCUAAAGGUUUUGACUAACCUGCUCAUAUUUAUUCAACUUGCCGACAUUAUUCAACCAUAGAGUUCAGAUAAUUCUUUUACGGCAAGGUGUACAAUUGAUGGGGCCUUAUAUACACAGGGCCACAUAAAAACAUAUGGUAAAUGAUUUGCAACGCAAUUUUGAUUUCUUCAUUUUUCUGUUUCUGUGGUAAGUGUGAUGACAGCACCAGUAGAAUUACCUCUUUGUAAACUGUAAAUACAUUAAUAUAAUGACAGGAACAAAAUGUCUGUACUGUAAGACUUAUCCUGUGUUGAUUAUGAUUGUGCAGACUAAGUAAUAUUUAAAUAAAUUAUGUUUUUAUAUCUUUUUGAACUUGUAUUCAGACUCCACCUCUGCAUUUUGUGGAAGCAUGAGUUUCAACUCCUUUUAGUGUGUAAUUGUCUUUAUUAAACUAUAUAACUAAACUAACAGGAGAGAGAAGGGCCACUCACUUUCACAGUGUGCAAGCUAUUCCUCUUGAAACAUUCUGUUGUACUGAUACAUUCCAUUGUGGUGAUCACUGGUCAGUUUUAGGAUGACCCAUGCUCAAUCUUUUAAACAGACAGGCUACGCUUUCCACCUCUCCCCCAGCCCGUCUUGGAAGAGUGUUUUGCACAAUGUAUUUACAUUCUAUAUGCAAUCUUUUCGGUGAUACGUUUUUAUUAUUAAGACUAUCAGUAUAAGAGAAAAACUGGUGAUGUCAUAUUUCUUUCUACUAAUAAUGAUGGUCUGAUAAUAUUGGGGAUUUAUAUAUCGUCUUUUCCCUACAAAGCUCAAAAUUUGAGGUGAAAACAUUUCACACACACACACACACACACACACACACACACACACACACACACACACACACACACACACACACACACACACACUCACACCUUUAGCCUUUUCUUAUUCUCUAUCUCUGAUGUUAUAAUACGCUUUUCUUUUGAAAAGGAAUUCCGAUUUCUAAAGGCAUAGGAAGAAAAAUCUCUUCAACACACCUUGUUAAACUUUACAGCGGGCUGUCUCUUGAGAACUGGCGUCUGUGGUGUAGCGGUUAGACGCUUCGCUGUCACACAUAGGAGACUCGGGUUCGAUUACCAAGAGGGAGAAUUUUUAUUGAGUACCCCUCUCAGCCCUGGUUGGUGCUGACAGCAGAGCCUGAAGCCUGCCUCCUAAAUGAUCCAAAUUUGUGUCGAUGGGGUCUUUAAAACGCUUUUGUUUUGUUCACAAAGUAACAAGUGUCUGCUAGGCCGUGAACACUUUCCACAUUCUAACUGAAAAAUUAGAUCCUAUUUCUUUCUUGUGUAGAAAUUUUAGAAAUGUUUUGUUUUCUACUUUUGCAAUGUAUUCAUGUAUCGGUUAUUGUAGGUUCUUUUUUUAAAAAAUUGUUUUUGCCAUUAUCAUUAUGUCAUCAUUUUGUUGCUUACUGGGAAUUUGAAAAAAAACAAAAAAACUACCAUUUGGACAUCACCAGUUUCUCUCCUGUUGUCUUACAAUUACAAUGUACUUAUACAAAAAUACAUAGACAAUAUAUCAAUGUAUUUAUACCUUGCUUAGCUGUUACUGUUACUUGAAAGUUGAAUACGGUGUGUAUAGCAAAUUCUGUCAAUUGUAAAUUUUCCUUCAACUUUUUUCAUGGUAUUGCUUUCGCAAUCUCUGAGCUCCCAACUAAACUUCUGUUUGUGAAAUUGUUUGCAACGUUGGAUAUAUUUUGCUUUUAGGUGACUUCAUUUAGGCUACAUAUAGCCCAAAUACCACCCCCCCCCCCUGACCUUAUUUGGGCUAUGUAUAGGCCAAAUGACUAAACCCAGCCUUGACCUUAUUUGGGCUUCAAAUAUAACCCUGGCCCUAAAUUGGGGCCACAUGUCAUAUUGAAUAAUAUUAAUAAUGAAGAGCCACCUGCAUUGUCGCUGGCCCAUGGUUUGUCAUCCAUUUUUGCUUGGACACUCUCAAAAUGAUUAUAUUAUUAUAUUGUUCUUUUCCACUAAUCACCAUCUUUUCAGAUUAAUCCUCAUAAGUUGCUCUGUUUUACUGUACCCCUUCCCUCUUGGCCAUUUAUUUUUCCAAUGAGAGCAAAAUGUACAAGUUGUUGAAUGUUAAAGUGUUCCGGAAACUGCAUGUAUUCAUUGAUCUGUUCCUGAUUGGGUUUUUUUAGGUUUAGUUUUAGUGAGCUUUUUAGACUUAGAGUAAGUUACAGACAGCACUGCCUGAUUCUUUUCCUUUUAGUUCUAGCAUCUGCGUUUGUUGCAAUUUUUUUGUCCAAAAGUUGCCAAAAGUUGCCACAAAAAAUGACAAAAGUUGCCAAAAAGGUUGCCUUUAAUUUUCAAGCUUUCAACUCUCUGUGACGACGUAUAUUAUAGCAAUAUGUUGAUAGAGGUAACAAUCUAAAGCAGACGAAUUUCUUUUGCUCUGUUUUAAGCGUCCAGAAUAUCAUUUGUAGUCACACAGAGUGUAAAAACGUGAAAAAAUAAAGGUUUCACAAUAGAAUUAAAUCAAAAUUAGAACAGCGCGGAUAAAUAACCACAAGAAUUAACAAAUUAAGGCGCGUGUCCACCUAUCCAAAGAAUGGCUGUUUUAACCCUAAACGUGUGUAAUUCAAGAAAAAGUAGGCCUACAGGACAUUACAUGUGGAAUCAGACUCAAUUGAGGCAUGCCAAUGUCAGUAUUCGGUUUUGGUGGAGACACGCUCUAACAUAACACUUUUAUAUUUUUAAAAGGGCAGGAACUUCAUUAAAUUAAGUGACAUUAUGCUGUAUAAACACCAAAAAAAAAAGAAAAACAAAUCAACAAUUUUUUUUUUUAAUUAACACACCAACAAAUUAAAACACAACAAA